AUGGCGAUGGCAUUUUCGCAGGAGAGGUUUUUGGACUUGCUGGAUCCUUUUGAGGAUGCAGAGGAGGAGGAGAGCGACGAAGUCGGUGUCUUGCCCGGCUUCGGCGGCCAUGCGCCGGAUGCCAGCAAAUUCUCCCGGCAGGAGUCCUCGCACGGACCCCUGCAUUGGAACACCCGGUGCAGUACAGAGCUGCAGAACGUCAUCGACAACUUCUGCAUUGAAGAAUUGUAUGAGGUAGGAUUCUCAGUGACUCUCGCAGAUCCGUCCAAGCCGGACUGCCCUCUCAUUGCUUGUAGCGCGGGCUUCACGGAGCUCACUGGCUACUCUGUACAGGAGAUCGUAGGGCGAAACUGCCGCUUCUUGCUCAAUGGCGUGCCCUCCAAUCUCAUAGACGAGGCCACCCGAGUGAAGUGCCGGGCGUUCUGCAAGGACUCUUCAGAUGGAAAGGAGUAUGCAGGUGCGCCAGACAAUUUGCCAGACGGCCUACAGAAGCCGUGGGUGGAGCUGCCCAAAGGUGAAAUGAUCUGUGUGCAGACCAACGCCCGGAAGUCCGGCGAGCUCUUCAGAAACAUGUUCUAUUUGAAGCAAGUGGAGCUGGAUGAGACCCACUACAUCCUCGGUCUUCAG